AUGGAUUCCAGUGAUCAAAAGCUUCACAUAGCAAUGUUUCCAUGGCUAGCCUUUGGCCAUAUGAUCCCAUACCUAGAGCUCGCCAAGCUCAUUGCCCAAAAAGGCCACCAAAUCUCCUUCAUCUCCACUCCAAGAAACAUCGAACGUCUCCCGCAGCUCCCUCCGAAUCUCUCGUCGUCGUUAAUCACCUUCGUCAAGCUCCCGUUGCCCAGCGUAGAUGACGACUUCCCAGAAGCCGCGGAGGCCACCACAGACGUAUCGCAGAACAAAGUUAUGAAGCUUAAGAAGGUAUACGAUGCUCUCCAACAGCCCCUUACUCAUUUCCUAGAAUCUUCCAACCCAGAUUGGCUACUCUUCGAUUUUGCAGCUUACUGGGCCCCAGCUACUGCCCGUAACCUUGGCAUACCAUGUGCCUUCUUUAGCAUAUUCAUCGGAGCAUGCUUAGCUUUUGUUGGGCCCACUUCCCCGGAAAUAUCCCCGGAUGAUCGUAAGAACCCGGAGGAUUACACCGUCCCGCCCAAGUGGGUCCCCUUCCCGUCCAACGUCGCGUUUCAUUUGUUCGAAGUUCAUCGAGUUUAUCUCGACACCAUUACCGGCGACGAAAGCAAUGUUUCAGAUAUUUAUCGGUUCAUGGAGGGGAUGAGGGGCUGUGAUGUAAUUGCAAUAAGAGAUUGCAUGGAAUUUGACCCUGAAUGGUUGCGCUUAUUACAAGAUAUUCACCGGAAACCGGUUUUACCGGUUGGUCAACUCCCCACUACAAAUCAUGAGGAGAAUGAUAGAUGGGGGUCAAUGAGCGAGUGGUUGGACAGGCAACCGAAAGCAUCGGUUGUGUAUGUGGCUUUUGGAAGUGAGGCCAUGCCGAGCCAAGAGGAAAUUACUACAAUAGCCCUAGGGUUAGAGCUGUCCGAGCUGCCGUUUAUUUGGGUGUUGAGAACCCAUGUGGUUAAGUUGCCUCAGGGUUUUGAGGAGAGGAUAGGAGGUCGUGGACUGGUUUGCAGGAACUGGGCCCCGCAGUUGAAGAUUUUGGGUCAUGACUCGGUUGGGGUGUUCCUGAGUCACUCCGGUUGGAGCUCGGUGGUGGAGGCGUUGAGUUUUGGUAGAGCUCUUGUGUUGUUGACCAUGUCCAAUGACCAAGGGUUGAAUGCAAGGCUUUUGGAGGAGAGGAAGAUUGGGUAUUGCAUUCCGAGGGACGAGGAAGACGGGUCGUUUACCAGUGACUCGGUGGCUGAGUCGCUCAAGUUGGUGAUAGAGAUGGAGGAGGGGAAGAUUUACAGAGACAAAGCUAAGGAGUUGAAGCCGUUGUUUGGAGAUAGAAAGAAGCAAGACACGUACGUGCAUAAUUUUCUAGAAUAUCUUAAAGCUCAUGCACGAAAUGCUUCCAAGAAGGUCUAG